AUGCGCCCCAGGCGGCAGUGGGUGGUUAUAACCCAGGCCCGGUGGGAGCCGAGGAGGAGGCGGUGGCAGGACGGCAGGCCCGAGAAGUCUGCGGCUGAGCUGGGAGCUGGCUCCCCACCCCCUACCCGGGGGACACGCGCAGGCGCAGUGACCAUGGCUACAACAGGACGCCCCUGGAUGUGGAUAGUCGGCGCCCUGAUCACGGCUCUGAUUCUGAGGGUGACAGAGCCUGUACUUGCCAAUGACUUUUUUUCCUGCGACAACUCCCCUGCCGCGGGGGCCGCCGGGAGCACCCAGGACUCGGGGGCUGAGGCCAGAGGGGACACCCAGAGGGACGACAGCAGCAGCAGCAGCAGCAGCAGCAGCCGCAUCGUCAACGGCACCGACUGCAAGCUGCACGCCGAGCCCUGGCAGGCUUCCCUGCUGCUGCAGCCCGGCUCACUCUACUGCGGGGCCGUGUUGGUGCACCCGCAGUGGCUGCUCACCGCGGCCCACUGCCGGAAGAAAGCUGUCAAAAUCCGCCUUGGCCACCACUCCACGUCACCCAUAUAUGAGCAUGGGCAGCAGAUGUUUCGAGCGGUUGAAACCAUCCCUCAUCCUCAGUACUCCCACCCGGCCCACGCCAAUGACCUUAUGCUCAUCAAACUGAACAGAAGGGUCCAUGAGACUCCGUACGUGAAGCCCAUCAACAUCUCCUCCCACUGUCCAGCUGCUGGGACCAGCUGCUUGGUGUCUGGCUGGGGAACAACCACCAGUCCCCAGGUUAACUUCCCCAAGGUCCUCCAGUGCUUGAACAUCACCGUGCUGAGUCACGAAAAGUGCCAGGAGUCCUACCCGGGACAGAUAGAUGACACCAUGUUCUGUGCUGGCGAUGAAGCAGGCCGAGACUCCUGCCAGGGUGAUUCCGGGGGCCCCGUGGUCUGCGGCACAACCCUUCAGGGCAUCGUGUCCUGGGGAGACUUCCCCUGUGGUAAGCCCAACAAACCCGGGGUCUACACCAACCUCUGCAAGUUCACCAAGUGGAUCCAGGACACCAUCAAAGCCAAGGCCUGAGUCACCCCAGCACCCUGCAUUCUGGGGCCUCCCACCCCCUGCAAGUCCUCACCCCUACAGGGACCCGACACUCCUCCCAGAACCCCCAUUCCUUCCCGAGGAUGUUGGGGAUGGUAAGCUCCAGUCCCCCGAGUUUCCAGGGUCUGUGGACGGCUCCUGCCUCUCCAAUCAGAUCCUGGGGACAUUUCCCAGAAUGGCCAGCAAUAAAGCGUGCAAGGAGACGUGGCCUGUGUGUGUGGUCUCCGCCCUGCCGCACUCCCCGGAUGGCUGGGCGGCCCGGAGCAAGUCCCUUCCCCCCUCCCUACCUAGUCCUGUGCUUGCUCUGCAAGGUUCUUGCAGUGAUAAGAAACAGAUUUCCAUCCCGGCUGCUUUUCUUCACAAAUAUUGAUCGAGCAUCUGGCUGUUGUGUGCCAGAAACAUUUCCGAGUCCCGGGGACCCUUCAACAGGCCAAACAGAACAAAAAUCUCUGCCUCUCAAAACUCCCUUACCAGGCAGAGAAGACAGACAAUAAGGAGAUAGACAGAUCCAUUAGGUGCGAUUGUGAAUAGGGAAAGGAUAGGGGUACAAAGAAAAGAGAAGAAAUGUUGGGGAGACGGGCUUUGUUUACACUGGGUGGUUGUGCAGGGGGUGGAGGGGGAUGUAACAGCCACCCCCAAAGAGGCCCCCAUCCUAAACCCGUAAAACAGGACUGUAUUUGGCAAAGGGACCGUGCAGAUGUGAUUAACUUUGAGGAUCUUGAGAUAGAAGACUUGUCUGGAUAUGGCCAUUAUAACCCCAAAAGGGAGUGGCAGGGAGUCAGAAUAAGAUUAGAUAGUGGUAAACUCCUGGUUUUGGUGAUAAAGGAAGGGGCUUGAGCCCAGAAAUGUAGCUGGCCUGUAGGGGCUGGAAUAGCUGGGGAAGGGACUCUGUUUUCUGGAGCCUCCAAAAGCCGCCACCCUGCCCACCAAAGUCUUGCCUACGGCCCACAGAGACCCCUUUCGGACUUCCAACCACAAGAAC